GGACCCGCACGGACGCUUGAAACUGAAAAAAAAAACGUACGUUUGAAUUUUAUCAGUUGUUCUCUGCGCACGCGACCUUUCUAUCCUGCACGAUCGACGGAUUCAGUGACAACCUGUCAAUGUGUGUGACGUUUGCCCAAAACAAAUAUCGUUUCGACAAAUACGCGACGGCGAGUGCAUUUUGAAAAUUUAAGCCUAUUUUUUGUGUUUACUUUUUCGAUAGUGAAAGUCUUCUCCGACUUUUUGUGUGUGCUGGUAAUGUUAAAUAGUUCGCAAGUGUGAUAACACGCGGCGCGGGUUGUUGAAUUCGUACCAGCUGAGCCAACGUAUCCGUAUGCAGGCCGUGAUCGCGUAAUCUGUGACGUGAACCUUGCUUGUGCUUGCAGGAGGUGGCAAAGGGGCGGUCUUUGGCAACGACAGCAGAGGCCUGAAGUGUACAAGCGGUAUGCCUUGAGGAAAUUAUAAUAUAUGAAAAUAUUUACAAGUUUGGUAAAGUAUCAUCUGAGUGAGGAAACUGGAAUUCCCUGGUUGAAUAUGUAUAUAUAUGAAUCAUUGGUGUAGUUAAUGUGAUGGUGGGUUUGUAAAAGGUAAAGGAAACAAAAAAAAGUGCGUUCGAAUUUUCAAGUUAGAGCGAGUGUGAGAUUUUAGACACGUUUCUUUGGGAGGUGUUUAUUUUGGCGUGAAAGUGUGACCCAGCGUGCAACGGCUAUCGGCACGACGACCUUCGCUUGCAGACCUCAUAAUCGUGAGAAGUUAAAGACACGAGGAUCAUAUUGUCAGAUGUUCAAACGACGCUGACAUCGAAAAGUGCAAUGGAACAACGAUUAUCGAGUUUGUUGCUACUGGUGGUGCUUCUCACAGUGGGUGGUCACCCAGACACUGUCAGGGGUUUCCCACAAGGGGCACGGCAGCGAUUUCCACGCAGAGAUAACUUCCUGGCGUACAACAUCCACAGGACAUUCACACCUCGAGACAUCAACGAUUUGGAUAUAAACCAAGCCCAGAAAGCAAUGGUCGAUGUUCAGCAGACCAUUGCCGAGGUUCAGCGGCUGCUUGCUCGUGAUCCCACGCUGCCGAGGUUGACCAGGGGUGAAAUUGAGGAACUAUUCGAAAAUGUGACUCGGGAGGAGUUGGAAAAAUCGAUUCGUCAGGGCGACCAAACCCGUGCGCAGCAUAUGCGGGCACUUAUGUUGGUUCUCCCAUAUCACACGAGCAACAUGAGCCCGGAGAACUUGCAGAAUAUCUACGCGAUGCCACCCGUUACUAGGCUGGUAAACAACGAUGAGCCAUCGAGCCGACCAAAAGCGGAAGGUUUCCAUAAACCAACACCACCUAGAGAUGUUCCAACCACCACGAAGCCCGUUUUUCGUAUGCGGAGCACCACCAAGGUUCCGAUUACAACGAUCCGAUUCAGCACCCCGAAACCGACUACGUUUCACCCCAGCCCACCGAGAAAAUUUUACGAAGAUUCCGAGGUCUCACCAACGGUGCUGAAACCGAUAAACAGCGAGGUUAGAAUCAAACCUAUUGAGACCACGACCCCUGGAGAGGAGCCGAUCGAGGAAGACGAAACCGUAGGCGAACCGAACGCUAGCAAAACGGAAGAAAUUAGCGAGAUUUUAGCGUCAAUUGGCAUUUUGAACGGAGUUCCACCCAGCUUCAAGCGACUUCCUGCAGGAGUGACAACGCCGAUUGAAAUGGCCAGUACUGCCGCCAUCACCACCGCUACCUCCGAUCCAACAACCACUCCGGCAACUCCAACCGGCCCAAAGACUGAUGAAGAAUUUCAAAAGUUGUUGCUUUCGUUUGGGCUUCUUAAUGGUAACGACGAGAAGAACGGCGUGUCUCCGAUUGCUCCGGUGGAAGUACCUCAGCCAUUGGCGAAUGAUCAUUCACAGGUGGAGAAAGCAGACCCUCCAAAAGCGGAAACAGUUAGACCGGCCGUCAAUCCAGCUGACUUCAUUGCGUUCAAACCACUGCCACCAACUGACGGAGCUUCCUCAAAGUUGAACGAAGAGUUGGAUCAGCUGUUAAAGUCCUUCGGACUUCUGGACGGCGAGGGAAGGAACAAGAAAUCUUUGAAGCUCGCUGGUUCAACUGUCGCGACCCCGAAGAGCACCCCAAUGGGUGCGAUGCCAGUGAUCAACAGGGAUUUGGUGAUGCCUCAGAUGGCUUCCGUUCUCAAUACGCUGGGAAUUCAAACCACCCAAAACGAGCGCAUCGGGAGAAACUUUGUGGUUGAUGAGAAUAGUAAUGAAGUGGAUACGGAGUCUAGCAUGGCAAAAACUAACAAGGUGAACAACGAAGAUUAUCGAAAGCUGGAGCAGCUAUGGGAAACGAUUCGAGAGUUGGAGCGAUUGAACGAAAACCUCACUGAUGAUUCACUGGAUUCGCUCAAUCUUCGCAACUUCAACCUAAGCGAAUCGUUGUAUGCGCAGGGUCCCAAUCCGCUGGAAAAUUUCGAGCUAACUAGAACAAAUUACAUCAAGAAGCGGCAGGAGCCCAGCGAGGAAAAAACACCGGAUUCCCCAAUUAGAAUCUCUCUCGGGCUUGAGCUAAACAAUUCCUCAUCGCCGUUAACGGAAAUAACUUCUAAGACGACAAACGAAUCGAGCAGCACGACAACAUCCGAGGUGGAAUCCCUAGCAAACCAAUCAUCUUCAAGCGCAACGGAAGUAACACCCACAGAGAGUUCCUCAACAACAACAACAACAACGACGGAAUCGACUGCCCGGAUAUCGGCACUGGAGGAAUCAUUCGGUGGUGGCGCCGAUCCGGUCGCUCAGGAGCCAUUGCCACAGCCGCGACGGAAUGGGUUCUACUUCCUGGCCGAUUGGAACUCCUUCCUCGAGGUGGGCGAAGAACCAAACCGAGUGGUCAUUAGUUUCCGACCGCAGGCGGGUGACCCGAGUCGGUUUCUACCCGUGAAUGUGCCGUAAGUAGUUCAAGGAUUGCACGUUUCAAUCUUCUUUGUGGGACACAAUAAUGAAAAAAAAAUACUAGCAAAACAACACAUUAUUCAAAAAAAAAAAAAGGAGGGUCUGGUAACUGUAGUUCGUAAUGUUUCAUCCCUUUUAUUCGAGGCCAAACUUUCGAGAUCGCCAAACAGAGAUUCUCAGAAGAACUCACAUUACUGCCAAAUUCCCAGCAUUUCAUGGCCCCCUCUCGUCUCUGUACAUAGCUUAAGUUAUAGAACUCAUAUUUAUUUGUACAUUUGCUAGACAAAUAGGGUGACAAAUAGGAUGAUGGAAUAAAGUGGAAUAAUGUACAAAUUGUCUACUCAGAGGCAUUGUAAAUGGAAAGAAAUCCUUGUCCGCUGUCCCACCAUUGUUGAGAAUCUUAUUUAAUUGAUUGAUUGAUU